UUUACAUUAUCAACACGUUUCAUGCCCCCGUACUUGCAGAACCUCUGACUUUCUUGAGAUGUCUGCAACAAAGAUCCUCCUUGCCAGUCACACAGGCACAGCUCUUGUUCUCUUUCUCAUCAUAUGUAUCCAAGUCCAAACUUGCAGAUCACAGACUAAUCAUGUUUGUGCUCCUUCUUCUUGUGGCCGUCUCCAUAACAUCAGCUUGCCUUUUAGGCUAAAAGGGGAUCCACCAAACUGUGGUUUCUCUUUCUACGAGCUAUCAUGUGAGAACAAUCAGACAGUCCUGUACAUGUAUUCAGGAAGAUACCUUGUACAGUCUAUUAAUUACAAUAACUCCACAAUUAGAGUUGUUGAUUCCAACGUUAAUAAGGGUAACUGCUCCUCUCUCCCUCAGCAUUCUUUGACAGGAAGCAACUUCAGUUACAGAGACCCUUUCGAUUGGCGAACCUCCUUUUGGUCACCCAGUAAUGAAUCACAGAAGAUAAUGAUGUUCAUGAAGUGUGCGAAUCCGGUGAAGUCUCCUCUUUAUAUGGAUACUGCUCCCUGCAUCAAUGUAACAAAUUCUUAUGUUCUAAUUGAGGCCAAUUUGUCAUAUGUGGAGAACUUGUGCAAAGUGGAGCUAAUUGCUAUGUCAUCGUUGCUGAUAAAAGAUUACAGAAACAUUUCCUACAUGGACAUCCACAAUAGACUUGUCUAUGGAUUUGAGCUUUGGUGGAAAGAAGUAUUCUGUGGAAUUUGCAAAGGAAAAGAAAAGUGCUACCUCCCAAGCGACGGUUUUCCCUGUCCCACAGAAAGUAUAUUUGAACAAAUAAUCAACCAAAUCAGAUCACUUUGGUGGUUUAUAUUGAUGAUGAUUGCGGGACUCAUCAUUGUGAGAACUGUACUGUGCAGUCCAUUUGUGUUCGCAUUCUUGAUAUAUAAAUGGCUAAGGAGACAUUUAUCGAUGUAUGACAUUAUUGAAGAAUUUUUGCAAAGUCAAAAUAACUUUGCACCCAUAAGGUACUCAUACUCGGAUAUUAAGAAGAUAACCAAUGGUUUCAAGGAAAGGUUAGGUCAAGGAGGCUAUGGAUCUGUCUAUAAAGGGAAGCUUCGUAGUGGACAUCUUGCAGCAGUAAAGAUGCUGGACAAGUCCAGUGCAAAUGGUCAAGAUUUCAUCAAUGAAGUAGCGACAAUUGGAAGGAUUCACCAUGUUAAUGUUGUGAGAUUAAUUGGCUUUUGUGCUGAGGGAUCAAAGCGUGCGCUUGUAUAUGAUUUCAUGCCUAAUGGAUCACUUGACAAAUAUGUUCUAUCUCGACAAGGGAAUACCACUUUAAGCUGGCAAAAAAUGUAUGAAAUUUCUCUGGGGGUGGCUCGUGGCAUCGAAUAUCUACACCGAGGUUGUGACAUGCAGAUUCUACAUUUUGACAUUAAGCCUCACAAUGUUCUUCUUGAUGAGAAUUUCGCUCCAAAAGUUUCUGAUUUUGGACUUGCUAAAUUGUAUCCUACAAAUAACAACACUGUCAUGCUUACUGCGGCAAGAGGAACAAUAGGAUACAUAGCACCAGAAUUGUUCUACAAAAACAUCGGUAGUGUUUCCUACAAAGCUGAUGUUUACAGUUUUGGUAUGUUGUUAAUGGAAAUGGUUGGAAAGAGACAGAAUACAAAUCCGGUGACAGAGAGUAACAGCGAAAACUACUUCCCUGAUUGGGUUUACAACCAAGUUGUUGAUGGAAGGGUUGAAAUUGGAGAUGCUACAAAAGAUGAAAAUAAAUUGGCAAAGAAAAUGAUUAUAGUGGCGCUGUGGUGCAUACAGAUGAAGCCUAUUAAUCGUCCUCCAAUGAACAAAGUUGUGGAGAUGCUUGAAGGAGAUGUUGAAAGCCUAGAAUUUCCUCCAAAACCUGUUCUAUUUCCAGAUGAAACACCUCCGAAUUACACUUACUCUACAGACGAAACAUGUUCAUCUUCUAUGGUAUUUGACUCGAAUGAAACAAUUAGUUUACUUGUAAACUCUGGUUGAAUAACUAAUCUGUAAAGGCUCAAUUUUACCUUCUUUCUGCAAAAAUUUUACUCAUGUACAUACUUUGAGGAUAGUGAGAUUCCUUGGCAGAGAUUUUUCUCUCAAAAUUGCUGAGAAUUCUUUCUUCUUA